AUGAUUAAAGAUAUUUAUAAAAUUGCAAAGGAAUUUCUUCAAUAUGAAAAAAUUAUGGGUGUAGCCAAAAUAAGUGAUAGUUAUCAUAAUAAGGUUAAUUUUAAUGACAUUACUAUGGAUAAAUUUCCAUAUUUUGGUGAUAAUGUUCAAAACAUAUGCAAAUAUUUUGAUAAUUAUACGAGUGCUGUAGUUCAGGACACUGCAAAUUCUAUCAAAUUCAGUUGCAUGUAUUUGUAUUAUUGGCUAUAUUAUUAUAAUAAUGAAAAAAGGAAUACUGAAAAGGUUAAUGAACUUUACAAAGCAUUGAUCUCUGCUGAUAGUACAAGCCAUAAUACAUUAUGCCCACAAAGUGAUUAUACUACUAUUACAGAAGAUGUAAUGUUAAAGCUCAAAGAUCUGCAUAACAUGUACACUAAAAUUAAUUAUAUACAGAAUAAUAGUAGUCCUCAAAGUGAAAAUAAAUGCAAUGAUGCCAACGAAUGCGCUAAACUAUAUAUGAAAUACAAAGUUUCAUGUGAAUCCAAUAGUUACCCUGAUUUUUGUUAUGAAUUAAUAAAUGUUAGGGAAACAUAUAAUGCACUAAGUACAACUAAUUGUUUCGAUCAAUUAACACAUAAAAUGUUACCUUUGUUCCAAAAAAACAAUAUAAGAGUUCCUAUUGUAAUUACAAUUGUUGUGAUAUUAUUAAUAUCAAUAACAUUAUUUAUUCUGCAUAAGUUGACCCCAUAUAAUCCAUGUUUUCAAGGAAUAUUAAAAAGAAAACAAAAUAAGUGGAAUAAUGUAGAUGAAGAUUAUAAUAUGUUCCAAUCAUACAAAAAUGUGAACAAUGCUCCUAUGAAGAGUAGACACCAUAUUUUUUAUUAUAAAGUCUAA